CUCUUCCAUGCAGAAACACAUUCAAUCACUUCUUCCUCAUCUUCUUCAAACAUUACACACUUUCUCCAUUUUUUUCUUCCACUAAUAAUUUGGAGAAAAGCCUUAGUAGCCGGUUAAAAUAUCCGGUGAAAACAAUGGCGACUCCAGCAUGGAGUCAUGCCAGGGGUCAAUGGGUAGUAGCCAUUUUGGCGUUACUUGUUGGCUCGGCAAUCGCUACUGAACCUUACAUUUAUAGCUCUCCUCCACCACCGUAUGAGUAUAAAUCUCCACCGCCUCCGGUUGCAUCUCCUCCACCUCCUUAUGAAUACAAAUCUCCUCCCCCUCCAGUUAAGUCCCCUCCACCACCGUAUGAGUAUAAAUCUCCUCCUCCUCCUGUUAAGUCUCCUCCACCACCUUAUUACUACCACUCUCCACCACCACCCGUGAAGUCUCCUCCCCCUCCAUAUGUAUACCACUCUCCUCCUCCUCCGGUUAAGUCUCCUCCACCACCGUAUUACUACCACUCUCCACCACCACCCGUGAAGUCUCCUCCCCCUCCUUAUGUCUACCACUCUCCUCCUCCUCCGGUUAAGUCUCCUCCACCACCGUAUUACUACCACUCUCCACCUCCCCCGGUGAAAUCUCCACCACCACCGUAUUAUUAUCACUCUCCUCCGCCUCCGGUGAAAUCUCCUCCUCCUCCUUAUUACUAUCAUUCUCCACCUCCUCCCGUGAAAUCUCCUCCACCACCAUACUACUAUCACUCACCACCUCCUCCAGUGAAAUCUCCACCACCACCAUACUACUACCAUUCUCCACCUCCUCCGGUGAAGUCUCCUCCACCACCGUACUACUAUCACUCUCCACCCCCUCCGGUGAAGUCUCCUCCACCACCGUACUACUAUCACUCUCCUCCUCCUCCGGUUAAGUCUCCACCUCCACCUUACUACUACCACUCUCCUCCUCCUCCGGUCAAGUCUCCACCACCACCGUACUACUACCACUCUCCUCCUCCUCCAGUCAAAUCUCCACCACCACCGUACUACUACCACUCUCCUCCUCCCCCAGUUAAAUCUCCACCGCCGCCAUACUAUUAUCACUCUCCACCACCACCGGUCAAAUCUCCUCCACCUCCAUACUACUACCAUUCACCGCCUCCUCCGGUGAAAUCACCACCUCCACCUUACUAUUACUCAUCUCCACCACCACCAAAAUCUUACCCUCCACCAUAUUACUACUCAUCUCCACCACCACCACCAAAGUCGUACUCUCCACCAUACUACUAUUCAUCACCACCACCUCCGGUGUCAUACCCUCAUCCUCACCCACACACACAUCCACUUGUCUUCAAAGUUGUUGGUAAGGUGUACUGUUACAGAUGUUAUGACUGGACAUACCCUAAAAAGUCCCACGAUAAGAAGCAUCUCAAAGGUGCUGUUGUGGAAGUGACUUGCAAGGCCGGUGACAAGACAGUGAAGGCAUACGGAAAGACCAAAAUCAACGGUAAAUACGCAAUCACCGUUAAAGGAUACAACUACCGUAAAUACGGUGGCGAAGUCUGCACGGCCAAGCUUCAUGCUCCUCCUAAGGGAUCGCCAUGUAACAUUCCUACAAGUUACCAUAUGGGUAACAAAGGUGCAAAACUCCAUGUGAAAUCAAAGACAAAGUACGAGGUUGUGCUUUAUGCUAAGUCCUUUGCUUAUGCACCGAAGAAACCUUAUGGUGAAUGCCACAAACCGGCUCCUUACCAUCCUCCAUACUAUUACAAAUCUCCACCACCACCGUCUCCGGUUUACUACUACAAGUCACCACCACCACCGGCUCCAACCUAUGUCUACAAGUCUCCACCACCACCAACUCCAACUUAUGUCUACAAAUCACCACCUCCACCAACUCCGACUUACGUCUACAAAUCACCACCACCGCCAACUCCGACAUAUGUUUACAAGUCACCACCACCGCCAACCCCGACCUAUGUUUACAAAUCACCACCGCCACCAACCCCGACUUAUGUCUAUAAAUCUCCACCACCACCAACCCCUACUUAUGUCUACAAGUCACCACCUCCACCAACUCCUACUUAUGUAUACAAGUCACCACCACCUCCAACCCCAACAUAUGUUUACAAAUCUCCACCACCACCAACUCCAACCUAUAUUUACAAAUCACCACCUCCUCCUACUCCGACCUAUGUCUACAAGUCACCGCCUCCUCCCACUCCAACGUAUGUUUACAAAUCACCACCCCCUCCAACGCACACUCCUACACCAUACUACUACCACUCUCCUCCACCACCAGUAAAAUCUCCUCCACCUCCAUAUUAUUAUCACUCACCACCACCACCCGUCAAAUCCCCACCACCUCCAUACUACUACCAUUCUCCACCACCUCCGGUCAAGUCUCCUCCACCACCAUACUACUAUCAUUCACCACCUCCUCCGGUGAAAUCUCCUCCUCCUCCUUACUAUUACCAUUCUCCACCUCCUCCGGUGAAGUCUCCUCCUCCACCUUACUACUACCACUCUCCACCUCCUCCGGUGAAGUCUCCACCCCCUCCUUACUACUACCACUCCCCACCUCCUCCGGUGAAGUCUCCACCCCCACCUUACUACUACCACUCUCCACCUCCUCCGGUGAAAUCUCCUCCCCCUCCUUACUACUACCACUCCCCACCUCCUCCCGUGAAGUCGCCACCCCCUCCUUACUACUACCACUCCCCACCUCCUCCGGUGAAGUCUCCUCCUCCACCUUACUACUAUCACUCCCCACCUCCUCCGGUGAAAUCUCCACCACCACCAUACUACUACCACUCACCACCUCCUCCGGUGAAAUCUCCACCACCACCAUACUACUACCACUCACCACCUCCUCCGGUGAAAUCUCCACCACCACCAUACUACUACCACUCACCACCUCCUCCGGUGAAAUCUCCUCCUCCACCUUACUACUACCACUCCCCACCUCCUCCGGUGAAAUCUCCACCACCACCAUACUACUACCACUCCCCACCUCCUCCGGUGAAAUCUCCACCACCACCAUACUACUACCACUCACCACCUCCACCGGUGAAAUCUCCACCACCACCAUACUACUACCACUCCCCACCUCCACCGGUGAAAUCUCCUCCUCCACCUUACUACUACCACUCACCACCUCCUCCGGUGAAAUCUCCACCACCACCAUACUACUACCACUCCCCACCUCCUCCGGUGAAAUCUCCACCACCACCAUACUACUAUCACUCACCUCCCCCACCAGUGAAAUCACCUCCACCACCUUACUACUACCACUCACCACCCCCACCUGUGAAGUCUCCUCCUCCACCAUACUAUUAUCACUCACCACCCCCUCCAGUCAAAUCUCCACCACCACCAUACUACUACCAUUCACCACCUCCUCCGGUGAAAUCCCCACCACCACCGUACCAUUACAACUCUCCACCCCCUCCAGUCAAAUCUCCCCCACCACCUUACUACUACCAUUCACCACCUCCUCCAGUGAAAUCCCCACCACCACCGUACCAUUACAACUCUCCACCACCACCAGUAAAAUCUCCCCCACCUCCAGUCUACAUCUACGCUUCUCCCCCACCUCCUACCCAUUACUAGGCUCGUCAAACUCAACAAAAUUUCCACAUUAUUCAAGUUUUCUUUUUAAAAAUGAAAUAAAGGAAGGGUCAAAGUCAAAGAUGAGAAGAAGUGAACCAAAUAAGGAUCGUCUCGUGGAAACCAUGAACAAUACAUCUCCAACAAUGAUCCACAUCACUUCCUCUUCUUCAGUGUCGCUCAUCUUCCACUUCUGCAUUAUCAUCUUCGCGUCUUCAUCAAGUCGGAUUGUUUCCAAGACCCUUUUAGAUCGUAUCAUAGUACUCUUCUUUGUAACCUUGUGUUAUCGUUAUUUAUUUGUUGUGCAUACAUUUUCUAAAUAUUUUUUUACAUUAAUGUAAUGAGUGAGGUGUUAGCAAAUAAAAAAAUGUCCAGUUUCGUGUUU